GAUGGCGGAGUUAAUGUUGUGUUAUCUCUUUUUAAGAUAAAAACAAUACAAAAAUAAACCUUAAUUUUUUUAAGGAAAUCCUUUUUUGUUUCUUUUUACGGACAAUCAAAUUCAUUCUCAGUUCUUCGGUAACGGUAUAAAAAGAAGAAACGUUCUGGAUUAAAAUAUAAAAUUCUCCUGAUUCAACAAUUUUCAGUUGCACUUGGGCAGUUUCAUAAAGGGUAAGAAGAGAUCUUGUACACUCUUAAAACCGAGAAAAUAGCAGGAUGAAAUUCUCAAAAGGAUUUACUCAAGAAGAACAAUCGAUGAAUUAGUCCGUUCGGCCGCCAACUGUGCCAGGAGAAAAGAUAUAAUAUUUUUUAUUUCUCCACCCGUGUGACCACAUCUUUCAUCUUGGAUCCAGAACUGGAGCUGCCGGUGGUGAGCGAUUGCUCUCGGGUAGGCUCGAGCAUGGCCGUCCCUCGGGUUCCCAGCCCUCCACCGCAGGAGGCGAACACGCCUGUCGCCGAAAACUGGUGUUACACGCAGGUCAAAGUCGUCAAGUUCAGCUACAUGUGGACGAUAAACAACUUCAGCUUCUGCAGAGAGGAAAUGGGUGAAGUGCUCAAAUCAUCCACCUUCUCCGCCGGGUCCAACGACAAGUUAAAAUGGUGCCUGAGGGUUAAUCCCAAAGGCCUUGACGAAGAAAGUAAAGAUUAUCUUUCUCUCUAUUUACUCUUAGUUUCUUGCAACAAAUCCGAAGUGAGGGCCAAAUUUAAAUUUUCAAUACUGAAUGCCAAAAGAGAAGAAACGAAAGCAAUGGAAAGCCAACGAGCGUAUAGAUUUGUUCAAGGCAAAGACUGGGGUUUUAAGAAAUUCAUCCGGAGGGAUUUCCUCCUGGACGAAAUCAACGGUUUACUCGCCGACGACAAACUAACAAUAUUCUGCGAGGUUAGUGUAGUAGCUGACAGUAUCAACAUAUCGGGCCAGUCGAAUGCUGUACAGUUCAAAGUUCCUGAGUGCAGGCUUCCAGAUGAUCUCGGACAGCUGUUUGAAAUCCAAAAAUUCAGCGAUGUCACCCUUUCAGUCAACGGUAAGGAGUUCCAAGCACACAAAGCCAUCCUCGCAGCGAGGAGUCCUGUUUUUGCUGCUAUGUUCGAGCACGAGAUGAAAGAGGGCAAGCUGAACCGAGUAGAGAUAAUGGACGUAGAGCAAGAAGUCUUGAAGGAAAUGCUUAGAUUUAUUUAUACCGGAAAGGCGAUCAAUUUAGAAAGGAUGGCAGAUGAUCUCCUAGCAGCAGCUGAUAAGUAUGCCUUAGACAGGCUAAAAGUAAUGUGCGAAGAAGCAUUAUGCACAGAUUUAUCGAUAGAAAACGCUGCUGAUAUACUCGUUCUCGCCGAUCUCCAUUCAGCGGAUCAGCUGAAAGCGCAAGCGAUAGAGUUCAUCAAUACUCAUGCGACAGAAGUGAUGGAGACGCACGGCUGGAAGUCGAUGAUAUUAUCGCACCCCCACCUGAUCGCGGAGGCCUUCAGAGCUCUUGCGACCCAACAGAUCCCCCCCAUCGGACCACCGAGGAAGCGCGUCAAGCAGAGCUGAGUUCAAAACCUCUCUCAUCACUAGUUAAUCCAUACACUCACGUGCCCGCAUUCUAAUGGACAGAACAUUGUGCAUGGUCACCGUUGCCCGUUGUAUAUUAGUCGUUUUAGGGCAAGUGAGAAUAUGUACAAUAGAAUCCGAUG